AUGGCUGCAUCCGACAUCCAGCCGGUCGACAAUGUCGACAAGGUUGCAAAAGCGAACACCGCCUUUGAAGAAGAAGAUGAAUUGAAGCAAAAUGUCGAAGUUGAUUGGAGCGAGUCGGAGGAAAAGAAGGCAAAAUGGAAGCUUGAUCUGGUUAUCAUGCCUUUAUUAACCCUGGGAUUCUUUUGCCUGCAGUUGGAUCGAGGAAACAUUGCCAACGCUAUCACAGACACCAUGAUGGAAGAUGUGGGCAUCAACCAAUUUCAAUUCAACGUUGGUCAGCAGCUUCUUUCUCUCGGUAUUGUUCUUUUUGAGAUCCCUUCCAAUAUGAUACUUUACAAAGUAGGGCCAGGAAAAUGGCUCACACUCCAACUGUUCCUUUUCGGACUUGUGAGUACCUUCCAGGCUUUUCAGAAAACUUAUGGUGGGUAUCUCGCUACCCGUUUCCUUCUGGGCGUGACUGAAUCAGGAUAUAUCCCUGGUGGCCUCUGGACCCUCUCUACCUGGUACACUCGCCAAGAGUCUGCUAAGCGGGUGAUGAUAUUCUUCUUCGGAAACCAGCUUGGUCAAGCCUCGGCUAAGCUCAUCGCUUAUGGCAUUCUGCAUAUGAAGGGUGUUGGAGGCUACCCGGGGUGGUUCUGGUUAUUUAUCAUCAUGGGAGGAUUUACCCUCUUAAGUGGCAUUGUGCUUGGGUUCUGCUUGCCUGACUCAUUUCAAAACCCGCGUAGCUGGUUUCUACCUCAGUGGAGCAUUUUCAGCGAGAGGGAGUUGCACAUUCUUAAAACGCGUGUUAUUUUGGAUGAACCCCUGAAGGAUAAAAAGAAGCAGCAUAUUGGGAUUGAAUCUUUCAAGAAAGCCUUCUCCAACUGGAGGCUCUGGAUUCACGUUUUGAUUACUUUGGGUAACAACGGCCCUUUCCGCGGAUUUGAUACUUAUGGUCCAACCAUCAUUCGAAGUUUCGGGUUCCCAUCGCUUACCAGCAAUGCCCUUGCAUCAGUGGGCCUGUUCAUACAAGUCCCUGUUUCGUUUGUUUUUAGCUACAUCUCCGAUCGAUUUGAUAAGCGAGGUGAAACUGUCAUGGCAGGAGUUGGUCUGCAUAUGUUUGGCUACAUCCUGAAUCGGAUUUUCACGGAGAUUGACAACCGAGGCGUUCGUUUCUUCGGUGUCGUUUGGACACAAACGUUCGCGUCCUUUCCACACCCUCUCAAUAUCACAUGGAUGUCUCUCGCUUGUAGAGACUCGGAGGAAAGAUCCUUGGCAAUGGCCAUGAUUAUCAUGAGUGCGAACAUUGGGGCUAUCUAUGGGGCUCAAAUCUUCCAAGAAGACGAUAAACCUCUUUAUCGACGGGCUUUUGCUGUCAAUAUUGGUCUGCUUGCGUUCGCUUUGUUAUUGGCAACUCUUCGGUUUGGCCAUGAGCGCUAUCAGUCCAGGAGAUCCAGGAGGAGAUAG